AAAGGGUCUCUGUCUCUUUAAAUCGCUGGGCUUCGUGUCUGUAGUGGUGACGUGUCUCCUCCUUUUCCUCCCGCUGGCUCAGUUAGUCAGACUGAAGCUGGUCUGAUUUCCACUGUGAAGAACCGUAUAAGUGACAAGUUGGGACAUCAUGGGCAUCAAAUUCUUGGAGGUGAUAAAGCCAUUCUGUGCCGUGCUGCCAGAGAUCCAAAAACCCGAAAGAAAGAUCCAGUUCAGAGAGAAGGUGUUAUGGACUGCCAUCACUCUUUUCAUCUUUCUGGUGUGCUGCCAGAUUCCCCUGUUUGGCAUAAUGUCCUCAGACUCUGCGGAUCCUUUCUACUGGAUGAGAGUCAUCCUGGCUUCAAACAGAGGUACUCUGAUGGAGUUGGGUAUCUCACCUAUUGUCACCUCAGGCCUGAUCAUGCAGCUGCUUGCUGGAGCUAAGAUUAUUGAAGUUGGAGACACUCCAAAAGACAGAGCGCUCUUUAAUGGAGCACAAAAAUUGUUUGGGAUGAUCAUCACCAUUGGCCAGGCGAUUGUAUAUGUGAUGACCGGCAUGUAUGGAGACCCAUCAGAGAUGGGUGCAGGCAUCUGUCUGCUGAUCAUCAUUCAGCUGUUUGUUGCCGGGCUGAUUGUGCUGCUGCUGGAUGAGUUGCUCCAAAAGGGCUAUGGUCUUGGUUCAGGGAUCUCCCUGUUCAUUGCUACCAACAUCUGUGAGACGAUUGUCUGGAAGGCCUUCAGCCCCACCACUGUGAACACUGGAAGAGGCACAGAGUUUGAGGGAGCGAUCAUUGCUCUUUUCCAUCUGCUUGCCACAAGGACGGACAAAGUGCGUGCUCUGAGAGAGGCCUUCUACAGACAGAAUCUGCCUAACCUCAUGAACCUCAUUGCUACAGUAUUUGUUUUUUCUGUAGUGAUAUACUUUCAGGGAUUCAGGGUGGAUCUGCCCAUCAAGUCAGCUCGCUACCGUGGGCAGUACAACACCUACCCCAUCAAGCUCUUUUAUACCUCUAACAUCCCCAUCAUCCUGCAGUCUGCAUUAGUCUCCAACUUGUAUGUCAUCUCCCAGAUGCUUUCCACGCGCUUCAGUGGCAACUUCCUGGUUAAUCUGCUCGGAACGUGGUCUGACGCAUCAUCUGGCGGCCCGGCCCGUGCUUACCCUGUCGGGGGACUCUGUUACUACCUCUCUCCCCCUGAAUCGUUUGGCUCUGUUCUGGAGGACCCGGUCCACGCAGUAAUCUACAUCGUCUUCAUGCUUGGUUCAUGUGCCUUUUUCUCCAAAACCUGGAUUGAAGUAUCAGGCUCCUCUGCAAAAGAUGUGGCAAAACAGCUGAAGGAGCAGCAGAUGGUGAUGAGGGGACACAGAGAGACCUCAAUGGUCCACGAACUUAACAGGUACAUUCCCACUGCUGCUGCCUUUGGCGGGCUGUGCAUCGGUGGUUUGUCAGUGAUGGCGGACUUCCUUGGGGCCAUUGGUUCCGGCACUGGUAUCCUGCUGGCUGUCACCAUCAUCUAUCAGUACUUUGAAAUCUUUGUAAAAGAACAGAGUGAAGUAGGAAGCUUCGAGGGCCUGUUCUUCUAGAAAAGCCAUCAUCCUCGUACUUUUGACCAACAUUUAUUAGGACCACAAGCCCCGCAUUUAUUUUACAGCCGUGAGAAGCACUCGCAUCAUCAGCGCUGCAAUUUUUAGCACGUUUGAGGGACCUUCAGGACAGCUGAAAUGGGAUACUGUGAGGUGCUGGGACGAUAUGCUGACUUUCACUCCAUUUGUUCUCCACACAGACCUUCCAAAGUGAUGCAGAGAAAAACAUUUCAGCUGUGCUUUAUCAAUUUUUCUACCUAACUCGUGAUUAAAGCUCCCUGAAUUCGCCGAAAGACUUCCUGCAGGAGUUUGAUCUUUUUUUUUUUUUCCGGACUGACAGAUGUUUUGGUAUGCAGGCAUACUUGGUGACGGUCAACUGUCUGCAGUGUGCUUAGUGUUAUCUCCUACUUUUACUUUCAGCUUUUUUUUUUUUUUUUUUAAAUUAACCUGCCAUUCAGGUAGAUGUGUGGACCAGAAGCUGAACUGUGAGGUACUGUGUGUGUUCCUGAUCGGGACCCUGCACUGAAGCUUUCAUUUGGUCAGAGUUCUGUAAGAAGAGGAUGUGGAGCUCACAUUGGGUUCCAGCCUCAGUGAAACAUUCAAAAUUUGUUUCCUCAUUGUUUUAAUUUAAGGCAUUCCCAGGGAGCUUCAGUAUUAAAUGACAUGCUGUAUUCAUUCUUGUUACCCGCAUCGUGAACUCUUCUGCCUUUUAUUAGUUGUCUGCUCCAUGUAUACUUUCAGUAUAACUAUUUUCAGACUUUCUGUACAUAGGAAGCAUAAUAAACAACUUGAAUUUGUCUUAAGUGUAAGAUAAUAUCUUUAAAUAUGUAAAAAAAAAAAAUGCAUUUCAGAACAAACUUGUACAAAAACAUUCUCAAUAAAACAUUUUGUGGAAAAAUAA